AUGGAGAUAAAUAGUUUAACUUCCGAGAAAAAAAUCAAACUAUUCGGGAUCGAGCUCGAGCCUGAGCCAGUAAAAAAUCAAGAAAAAGGGUUGCCGGAGAGGGGCGAAAGCGUAAAUUCAUCCGCCUCCUCCACCGUGACUGUUUCUCCGGGACCCACGGGCGGCGACGUGGCGGCAGAUGGCGGAGGCGGCAAGAAGAAGUUCGAGUGCCAAUAUUGUUUGAAGGUGUUUGGUAACUCACAAGCUUUAGGUGGACACCAAAAUGCGCACAAGAAGGAAAGAAUGCGGAAAAAGCGGUUGCAGCUACAAGCAAGAAAAGCAACCAUCAACAGUUAUAUUCAGCCCUUUCGUAAUUAUUACAACGUUUUUAAUAAUAGCCGCGCUUGCAGUUUCAACGGCAGUAACAGUCGUAAUAGUAAUAGUAAUAGUAAUAGUAAUAAUAAUAAUUCUGCAUGGUUCUACGACCCGUCUUCUCAUCACGAGUUUACGAUGUGCUACGAGGAAUCGCAGAUCAGUUUCGGCGCGUACGGGUCGGAUCCGAAUAUGGAUAGAUCACCCGAAGAUUCGAGAUGGUACGAACCGUUUGAUCGACAGGAUCGUACGACGCCCGCGUUUUAUUUGACGCACGCAGCUGAUGCGUCGAAGGAUAAUAACAAAGGUUCUUCGUCGUCGUUGUCUAGUUUGAAGAAGAAGAAUUGUAGUAGGAAAAGUAGUUUAGAUCUGAAAUUAGGGUUGAGUUUACAUUCAACCAUUUGAAAUGUUAAUUAAUUACAGUAACAUUAUAAUAUUUAUAUAUUAUACAUACAUUUUCUUUUGCAAUAUGUUUUAACUGUGUUUGUAUACCUUUUCUUUUACCAUAAAGACAAUUUAAGCCUUGUUUAUUUC